AUGGCUCCAUCACUGGAAACCAAUAACGGUGAAGCCAUGCAACUUAAACACGUUGAAGAAGACCAAGAUGGCAUCCUCUUUGCCAUGAACAUGAUGUCUUCUGUGGUGUACCCUCUUGCGGUUAAGACCGCGGUUGAGCUAGGGAUCUUUGACAUCUUGGGCAAAGCAGGUGAAAAUGCGAAGCUCUCAGCAGAAGAGAUUACAGAAAAAGUUGGCAUAAAGAAUCCAGAAGCACCAACUAAGGUGGAUCGGAUUCUGAGGCUUUUGGCUAGUCAAUCCAUGCUAUCUUCAUGUUUUGGUGAAGAUGGCCAAAAUUCUGGCAAGAGGCUCUACGGUCUCACCUAUGCAUCCAAGUAUUUUGUUGCUGAUGCUGAUGGUGUCUCAUUCGGAGCUACACUGAACUUGAUUCUCGACAAGGUCUUCAUGGAUACCUGGACUGAAGUGAAAGGAGCCAUCGUGGAAGGUGGUGUAGCAUUCAACAGGGUUCAUGGGAUGCACGCAUUUGAGUAUGCAGCAGUGGAUCCUAGGUUUAAUGAUGUUUUCAACAAAGCUAUGUUCAACGUUACCACCAUAGUCACCAAUAGGGUUCUUGAGUUCUACCAAGGUUUCAAGAACAUUCAAAGGCUUGUGGAUGUUGGUGGUGGUCUUGGGAUCAAUCUCAAGCUUAUCACUUCUAAAUAUCCCAAUGUUCAAGGUGUAAACUUUGACUUGCCACAUGUCAUAGAACAUGCCCCUACUUACCCCGGUGUUGAACAUGUAGCAGGAGAUAUGUUUGAGAGUGUUCCCAACGGAGACGCCAUUUUUAUGAAGUGGAUACUUCACGAUUGGAGUGAUGAAUACUGUUUGAAGUUGUUGAAGAAUUGCCAUAAAGCUCUUCCGAGUGAUGGAAAAGUGAUUGUUGUGGACUUGAUUCUUCCCGAUUUGCCGGAGAGUACAGUUACUGCCAGGAGUGGUUUCCAAGCUGACCUCUUGAUGAUGACUCAAAACCCAGGAGGGAAAGAGAGAACCCAAAAUGAGUUCAUGGAAUUGGCCUUAUCUUCUGGAUUCAGUGGCAUCACAUUCGUUUGUUGUGUCUCUGGCUUCUGGGUUAUGGAGUUUUUCAAGUAG